AACCAAACCAAAAAAGAAACCAUUCACUGAAAGCCCUUUCUAAACCUUUGGCUUCAUAGUAGCUAAUGACCUUGACUGUGUCCUUGGCAGGAAAUAUCCUCCCCCACUGGUUGAUGGAGAUCUGCUCUUGGGUCUGGAGAGGUGAGAGGGUCUCCGUGUGCAGAGUGCCUAGGACAUGGGGAGGUGCCUUGUGUUAGGCCCCCACACACCUCCCCUCUUCUGCCUGUUGCUCCAUCAUGGAGUGAGUUCUGAUUUUUGUUUGGAAAAGCAAAGUUUCUGGGAUUGAAGACUUGUAUACUCACAGUGUGUUCCCCGCCCUUGUUUGUUAACAAGGAUGGUGAAAGUGGCAGGGGGUUUCUCCUCCGCCUGUCAGUCUCAGGAGGCUCUGCUGGGUGCCCUCAUAUCCCUGACCCCUUCUCAUUGGCCCUGUCUCUCUCUGGUCUCUUGGGCACUGGGAGCAAGGGACUAAAAGCAGAGAGCAGCGUGCAGGAGGCCAUUGCUGCUGCUUGGCUUCUCUGGAUUUGCUCCCUCCUUGGUGAGUCCUUCCUUCUGAUCUCCCGGUUCACCUCUGUUGGGCCACACAGGGGGAGGAGGCAAGAGGGUGACAAUCCAGUCACCUCCACAAAGAAGGCCCAGCCCAUGAGUGGAGGUAUGCUCGGGAAAGAGGGGCAGCGUUUGGAAUUGGGUCCAUAAGAGUUUCCUGCUAAGUAGCUCCGGGUGGAGGUGGGGGGCCAGAGCCAGCCAGGAUGCUCCUGCGGAUGCCCAGAGGCCCUUCCUUUGGCCGGUGUCCUGGCUGAGUCUCCUGGAGGUGGGAGAAGCUGAGUGGGUGGUGGGAGGUGAAUGAUGGUCCAGGUGAAGCAUUGCCGGGUGGGCUUUGGCUGGAGGUGGGAGCCAGCACCCUCUUCCUCCCGGAUCAGGACUCCCCCCGGGAUCUACCUGUAGCCCUUCAGUUCUACGGAUGUUCCUCCUUCCUCCCUAAGGGAUGUGGAUUUCAGGUCUGAGUCACACAACCUCCAGCAGCCUCUUCCCUAUGUGGGUGGCUCUGCGUAGAGCGCGGAGGUCCUCACUUAAACCCAAGCCCUGGAUCCAGUUCUAAGAGGCCCUUGCUUCCUGUCCAGCCUGUGGGUGUUGGUCAUGAGCAGCUCCUGGGCUUGGAGCUGGAGGCCUGGCAGGUCCUGCUUGCUGCUGAGACCUUAUCUCCCGAUGCCAGUUCCAGCUCCCUCUGAAGCCUGAACUCCUCUUUGGCAUGUCCGCACCUUUACAGCAAGGCUGUCCUUCAUAUCAGGUGGUGGGGGCACUGGAGAAGGAGGAGGGCUAAGGUGGGAACUCCCUCUGGGGAACCGGUGUCUGAACUGGAUGGGGCAGAGAGAACCUCUGACCACUAUCUGCUCCCUGUCUGCCCCCAGUUCUUCAUGGAGUCCUCCUCCCACUCUGCUCCCGGGCCCCUGAGCAGAGGAGCCUUCUUUGGGGGCUGAACAACCCACUAUGCUUGUUGCUCAGCAUUUGCCUUGGUCUCAUGAGACCCUGUCUGGACCUGGAUGGAUCCUCUUGGUGGUGGAUAGCUGCACACUGAUGGAGACCCCUCUUGAGAAGGCCUUGACCACAAUGGUCACCACUUUUCACAAAUACUCAGGGAGAGAGGGUAGCAAACUGACCCUGAGCCGGAAGGAACUGAAGGAGCUGAUAAAGCAGGAACUGAGUCUUGGGGAGAUGAAGGAGAGCAGCAUUGAUAACCUAAUGAAGAGCCUGGACAAGAACAGCGACCGGGAGAUUGACUUCAAGGAGUACUCGGUGUUCCUGACCACCCUGUGUAUGGCCUACAACGACUUCUUCCUGGAGGACAACGAGUGACCCAGCUGCCCUCUGUCCUCCCUGUCAGCCCUUGCCCCUGCCUGCUGUAGCCCCCGGAACAGACCCUCUGUGGCCCCAUCCCCUCUCUCUGAUGGAAAUAAAGGAGGCU